CCCCGCCAGCCUGUUGUCAGCCACGAUGGCGGCUCCCGUCGACAUCGGCUCGCUGCUCCGGGCCGAGCUGAUAGAAGACGCGCUGUACAAAGACGAGGGCGUCUGCGUGCUGGGCGUGUUCGGGAAGAGCGCCAUGCAGGCCGGCUCGGCCAAAGAGUCUCUGAUCAACAUACUGGCAGAUAAGCAUAUCUUUCCCCUGCUGGGGGCGGAGGAGGCGGGCGGUCCGGACGGAGGGGGCUCCAUUCGAGCCUAUUACAGCCAGGAGAGCCGGGUGCUGUACCUGGUGCUCACCUCCGUGUUCGACAACCGCCAGCUCCUGCGGGCGUGUGAGCGCCUGAGCUCGGGCCUGGGCCACGCCGAGGCCCACGAGUUCUGGAAGGGGGCUGAGAAGGAGCACUGCCUCCAGCUGCUGUUCCUCUUCUCCCUGUGCCAUGUUCUCCUCUUGGUCCAUCCCACCUGCUCCUUUGACAUCACCUAUGACAGGCUGUUCCGUGCCCUGGACGGCCUGCGCCAGAAAGCCUUGCCUCUGCUCCGGGGGGCCAUAAAGGACUGCCCCGUGGCCAAGGAGUGGAAGAUGAACUGCAGGCCGUGCCCCCCUCGCCUGCUGUUUGUGUUCCAGAUGAACGGGGCGCUCAGGGUCAACAGCGGGUCCGGUCUGGGGGGGAACGGCUUAGAUGGUGGAGGGGGCGACAAGCCCAAGAAACAUUCCCCCAGGAGGCGCCUCCAGCACGCCUUGGAGGAUCAGAUCUACCGGAUUUUCCGCAAGAGCAGAGUGCUCACCAACCAGAGCAGCAACUGUCUGUUCACCGUGCCCGCCAACCAGGCUUUUGUCUACGUGGUUCCGGGGCCGGAUGAAGACCCCAUCAGCUCCUUGCUUGGCCAGCUGCGGGCAAACUGUGCCCUGCGAGAGAAUGACGCUGGCACACCGACCCCUGGGCCCAGGAGGUACCAGCAGAUGCGCCACUCCAACCGCCAGCCCUCCUUCAACGUGGAAAACAGUGGUUUCUCCUCCUCAGGAGGCCAGCUAGUGGACUGCACUUUGAAGGAGUUCCUGUGGCAGCACGUGGAGCUGGUGCUGAGCAAGAAAGGCUUCGAUGACAGUGUUGGCCGCAACCCUCAGCCGUCCCACUUUGAGUUGCCCACCUACUCCAAAUGGGCCCACGUUGCCUGCAGGCUGCACCAAGUCAUGAUAGAAAACAGUGAAGAUGAGCUUUCUCUGAAAGUGCAGGGUCAGAUGAAAGUGCUAGAAGGUUUCCUGGACGCAGACGCAAAAUUCUCCGAGAACAGGUGUCAGAAGGCCUUGCCGCUGGCCCACAGCGCAUAUCAGUCCAAUCUGCCCCACAACUACACUACCACGGUGCAUAAGAACCAGCUGGCCCAAGCUUUGAGGGUCUACAGCCAGCACGCCCGAGGUGUAGCCUUCCAGCGGUAUGCCGUACAGCUCCACGAGGACUGCUACAAGUUCUGGAGUAACGGACACCAGCUGUGUGAGGAGCGCAGCCUCACUGACCAGCACUGUGUGCAUAAGUUUCACCUGCUGCCCAAACCAGGUGAAAAGCCGGAGAUGGACCACAACCCCCCUAUCCUGUAUCACAACAGCAGAGGGCGCUCUACAAGUUCCUGUAACUGUGGCAGGAAGCAGGCCCCUCGUGAAGACCCCUUUGACAUCCAGGCAGCCAAUUACGACUUCUAUCAAAUGCUCGAGGAGAAGUGCUGCAGUAAGCUGGAAAGGAUCAACUUUCCUGUGUUCCAAGCCAGCACACCAGACCCAGCCCCUGCAUGCGAUGAGGCUACCAGACCAGCAGAAGUGGCUCCGUCUGGGGAUGCUGAUCGUCUCAAAGAGAAAGAGACUGUGACCCAUACGCCAGGAGACAGCACUGGCCUGAGCCUGGCCCUCAGCCUCGGACAGUCCACUGACAGCCUUGGCCCAUACGGCGAAGGUGCAGAGGGCCACGAGAAGAGGCCGAGUGUGGACCGACAGGCCUCCACUGUGGAGUAUCUCCCUGGCAUGCUCCACUCCGGCUGCCCAAAGGGGCUGCUGCCUAAGUUCUCCAGCUGGUCCCUGGUAAAACUUGGUCCAGCUAAAGCUUACAACAGCCUCACAGGCUUAGAGCAGCCUGGCUUCCUCCCCGGCUCGGCCUUUCUCCUGCCAUGGGACGUGGUGAUCCGAAGCCGCUCGGAGGACGACGCGGGCUCUACUGAGGCGCUGGAUGGCGGACCCUCGUCGUGGCCAGCUCCCAACAAAGCACCGGCUGGGAAGCGGGGCAGCAGCGGCGGGGUUGGACGCGGCCGCAGGCGGGACGACGUUGCACGUGCCUACGUUGGGUUUGAAUACGAGGACAGCAGAGGCCGUCGGUUCCUCAGCUCCGGUCCAGAUAAGAUCGUGAAAGUCCUCGGACAGGGAGGCGCAAAAGAACCAGCUACCCGAGCGCUAAACUCAGACAUGCCCCUGUACAUCCCGUCUCCCGCCCAAGGCAGGGGCAUCAAACCACACUAUGCUCAGCUGGCUAGGCUCUUCAUUGUGGUUCCUGAUGCCCCACUCGAGAUCACCCUUAGUCCACAGGUUCAGCCAGGUCCUCCGCCCUGUCCCGUUUUCCAUCCCGAGCAGGCAGAGGUUGUGCUGCCCCCCGAUGGACUGUGGGUGCUACGAUUCCCGUAUUCCUAUGUGACAGACCGGGGACCUUGCUAUCCGCCCAAGGAGAAUCAACCCCUGGCGAGCUUCAGGAUCCUGAAGGGCAUCUUGCGCGCGAAUACCGCAAGUUCUCCUCCGCAGUGACCCCCAAACAAACACGGCGCUUCAGUGAACUCUCGAGUCACCCGGACAGCCUGAAGGCCCAUCUUUCCUUGAUGUGUGUGUUUGUUUACUCUGUAGCUGCUUAUUUCACGCUGUUUGGUUUUGAUUCAGAGACUUGAUUUAUGAAAAGCAGUUUAAUAAAUAGCGCUGUUGUGUUGAUGCUGCCAUUA